UCGAGGCCGUCCCAGGCCCUCCCCGACCCGUCCGUGCGCGCCGAGCAGCGCGCAUCAGCGCAGCAGCGCCGAGCCGGGCCGCGCCGCGUCUGACAACCUAACCUCAACGCGCGUUGCCGCGAGUGUGCGCGUGUGUGUGUAUGUGUGUGGCCGCAGCAACAAGGACUACUUCUCGUGUGUGACAGUGUGCAGCAAGACGUGGUGACAGUGCGUGCGUGUGUUUGUGAAGUGCAGUUUAAGUGCAUCAGCGAAAGGCCAGUGCAGUGGUUGUGAUCUCUGUGGAUACCCUCCGUGCUGGAUGUACUCGAUUCUGGAUAUUCUUCGGCCGCAGUGACCCGGCCUUACGCUUGAGAUAGGUGCGAUAGGAGCUUCGAGUGGACAAACAUGACGCGCAGCAAUUAACUAAGUGCUCGCCAUGGGCAAGAGGGCCCGGUGGUGACCCCCCGGUGGUGACCCCCGGCCUGGCCGUCGCCGCCCUGGCCGCCGCCCCGGCCGCCGCCAUGACCGUCCACGCCGAGCCGCGCUGAGAACAAGUCCAAUCAUAUGUGGGCCGCCCCCACACCAUGUCCCAGCUGGCCUUCCGAGGAUCUCCACAUAGCCAGCCUCCCGGACCAGUGACCCCGCCGCCCUCGAGUGUGCUGUCUGGCGCCCGCUCCCCCCUGCCGUCGCCGCCGACGCCCCAGGACCGCGCCGUCCAGCCGCCGCUGCACCCGCACGCCCAGCACCCCCUCCUCGGGCUGAGCGCGGGCCUCAGCAUGGCCGUGACCACCAUCACCGGGCCGCCGCCCGCGCGCUCCGCCGCCUCCCCGCCGGACUCGGCGCACUCGGCGCACUCCGCGUCGUCGCGGUGCUACGACUCGGGCGCCGCGAGUCCCCCCGAGUCCGCGGGUCGGACGGCGGAGGGGCUCGCCGGCCUGCCCGGCGCCCCGGGACUCAGGCCGCCCCCGGCCGGCGGGCCCGGCGGACGGUGCUGCGACACCGGCCGGCCCAUCUUCACGGACCCCAUCACCGGGCAGACCGUGUGCUCCUGCCAGUACGACCUCCUCAGCUACCAGAGGCUGGCCUCCGCGGGGGCCGGCCUGCCGCUGUCCAUGUACUCGUCGCCCUACCCCGAGGGCAUGGCGGCGUACUUCCCCGCGCUCGGCGCGGACCAACCACCCUUCUACUCGUCGCCGGCCGGGCUCGACCUCAAGGACAACCUGCCGCCCGGCGCCGGGGCCUGGCCCUACCCCUCAGUGUACCACCCCUACGACGCCGCCUUCGCCGGCUACCCUUUCAAUGGGUACGGCAUGGACCUCAACGGCGCGCGGCGGAAGAACGCGACCCGGGAGACGACGUCCACCCUCAAGGCGUGGCUCAGCGAGCACAAGAAGAACCCGUACCCGACCAAGGGCGAGAAGAUCAUGCUGGCCAUCAUCACCAAGAUGACGCUGACGCAGGUGUCGACGUGGUUCGCCAACGCGCGGCGGCGCCUCAAGAAGGAGAACAAGAUGACGUGGGAGCCGCGGAACCGGGUGGAGGACGACGACGACAACAACAACGACGACGACGACGACCGGGACGAGAAGGCCAACAAGGAUAACCUAGAUUCCAAAGACUCGGGCACGGCCAGCAGCGAGGACGGCGACCGGCCCACCAACACGCGGCCGGCCGGCGACACGGGCUCGGAGUGGUCCGAGUCGCGGGCGGACUCGGGGCCGGACUCGCCCGAGCUGGUGGUGGAGCGCGACAGGCCGCCCUUCCCGCACCCGCUGCACCCGGCGUACCACGGGCUGCCCUUCCCGCCGGGCCGCCUGCCGCCGCCCACCACCCCGCCGACCAGCACCACCACGCCGGGCGCCUCCACGCCCGGCAAGCCGCGGAUCUGGUCGCUGGCGGACAUGGCCUCCAAGGACACCGACGCGCACCACGCGCUGCCCCACGGGCCGCCGCCCGGACACCCACCCGGCUUCUACCCGAGCCCGGGGAAGCUCAUCUCCCCGCUGGCGUCCAGGGGGGUGGGCCCCGUCGGCCUGCCCCACCCGCACCUCCACCCCGCCGCGGCGGCCAUGCACGCCAACAGCUUCGCGGCGCGGGCGGCGCAGCAGGAGUUCUACCGGUCCUUCUACGGCUCGGCGGCGGGGCACCCUAGCAGCGCGGCGCUGCUUGAGUCGUACUCGCGGACGUUCGGCGCGGCGGGAGUGCCCGCCAACGGCGCGCCGCCGCCACCAGGCAUCAACAUGAACCCGGCGCUGUCCUCCGUGCUGUCCAAAGCCGGCAUGGCCGCAGUGGCUGCCGCCGUCUCGGGCGCCGACGGACACCCUCUCAACGGCAUGGCCUCCUCGGUCAACCCCGGGGCGUCGUCGUCGUCCUCGGCGUCGUCGGGGUCGUCGGACACGAUGCACGCCAAGCUGGCGGCGUCGUCGCCAGUGCCGCUGAGUAAGGCCUGACCCAGGGCCUCGCAAGGCUUGGCCCUGCCCAUCCACCCGGUGGCUCUGUCCGCCAGGCGCCUGUCGCAACAGGCAAACGUGCUGUGAAAACUGUAUGCUCUUUCCCCGAGCGGGGGCGAAGGGCGAAACCAUCUAGUUACCGAUUAUAAAAGCGCGCGCCGCGCGUUAGAGUAUUUAUUAUGUGAGUUGGGUGGCGGGAGGACUCUUGGACAGGAACAGAGCGGGGACCUCUGUGUUGCCAGCAGGCGGACACUUCGUGUGAGAGCCCACGUGAGAUGAAGAGAGACUCUUUCAACUGGUUUUUGCACACUGGAAGGGGGGGGGAUAAGGGGAUAAAUUAUGUUAAAUAAUUUGUGUUUCGCAAUUAAGUCAUGAUUACGAAAACCUAUGUUCUGGAAAAGUAUUGCAAUGUGAGCCGCCGCACUGCACGUCAGAAUGGCGUGGUGGCGGUCUAGGGACUAAUUCAAAAGCGAACGCCAAAGCAUUUCUAGGAUACGUGGAGGACAAUAAUUGUUUUGUAAACGAAAUUUAAUCUUUUUACAGAAUGUAAGCAUUUCGGAUCGGUCAGAAAUUAUCAAUUUAUGCAAAUUUCCAAAGGUUCACUGAUUAAAUUAUUAUGUUCCAAGUUUAUCUAUGAAAAUGAACUGUACAUUACAUGUAGACGUGCAAAUAAGCAAAACUGUUUUGUAAGUAUCAUUGUAAUCUAUACAAUUAUGAAUGCCUCUCUGCUCUCAUUUGUAUAUCUUUGUUGCUUAAAUAUAUUUAUUUGUGGUUGUUGAGAGUACAACAUUUAUAUAUAAAUUAUGUUUUGUAUUUCACAUAUUUGAAUGUACGUGUUGUAUAUCUCGAACACACUUUGUUGUGAUUAGUCUUUUGUUUCACACGAAUGAUCUGCCUUGUUUGAACGGGUGACACGUUGUUUCCCUCUUUGUUGGUCUGUUUUUAUUAUUCUUCGGUACACCCGAUCACCUUUAUGUAAGUAUAUGUACUUAUGUGUCAAAGAUGAACGUACAUAGAAUAAACGCAUUAUGAGUGAUGAGAUAUAUCUAUAAA